CAAUUUACAUCUGGACAGAGGGAGGGAAGUCAAGGAGAAGGAGGGAUUCAAUGUAAUUCCCAGUCUACCCUCUGCACUCAGCCAAACAGCAAUCCUUCACUACACACAACCUGAGAAGAGAACUGCUGUGCAACAAACAGCACAAAAAAAGACAACUUCUCAUUACUCAGUUAUGUUGGAGGAAUUUAAUAAACGGUGUCGCUACUAGCACAACAAAACUGCUACUCAAUAAAGAAGUCAGCUAGGAGUUACAGCUACAUUGGGCGACUGAGACCAGAGAGGACACCACUGGAUGAUCUUGAAUCUCAGAUGAUGGAUACCCACAAGAGGGAAAUGGAGUUUCUAAGUAACAGCAUAGCCGCGUAUGCUCAUAUCAGAGAUAACCCAGAAUCCUUUGGUCUUUACUUUGUGCUUGGAGUAUGCUUUGGACUGAUAUUAACACUGUGUAUGCUGGUGAUCCGCAUCUCUUGCAAGCCUCGGACUCCCAGCAUUCCCUCCAAACCAAAAAAGACUCCUCCCAAAGACUGUAUAAAAGAGCCCCUGUCUGUUGUGGUGGAUGGAGAGGAUCAAGACAGCGAUGACAAUGAAGAAACAUUUAUCUUGACCCCUAUGACAGACACACCCCUUGGAGCCCAGACCCCUAUGGAUGGUACUCUGUCAGUUAAUGUGUUCACAUCAGCAGAAGAGCUAGAGAGAGCGCAGAGGUUAGAAGAGCGGGAGAGGAUAAUCCGAGAAAUAUGGCGGAAUGGACAGCCUGAUAUUCUGGGCACAGGAACUGGCACCAUUGGUCGUGUACAUUACUACUAAUAGUAAUGCAGGAAGUUAAACUGAAGAUGGUGCUAUUUCUCAGCAAUUAAAAGGCAAUUGCCUUUCCUUGUCUUCUAACGUAUAAAAUAUGAGAUAUCCAGGCACUUUCCUUCAAGUACCUUUGUCUUAUUAGACCAGUAACUUUCCAGUAAUAUUGAUGCCAAUGGAUAUCUUUCUAAAGUUAUGAAAGAAUACAGAAUUGAAUGAUGCCGUUGCUGCCCAGUGGUGGAUCAGAACUUGGAAAUGUUUAAUAUUAUGAUGGUACGUGGCAAUUAUAAUAGGGCACAGAUGACCAAACACAUCUAUAAUGCCACUGAUGGUACCCAUAUAUCUUGGCCGACAUUUUACGUGUUGGGCGGUUUCCCGUGCCACGAUUUACUAUGGCCUCUGAAAUUUCAGAUUUGGAAAUGAAAGCUUUGGAAAACAUUACAUAAAGGUGUAUAACAAUGAAUGUAGUGAUAUAAAGAAUUACUAGAAUUACAUGCUACCCAGGAAAAAAGGUUAUUGCAACCAGCAUUCUUUUUACAUGGAUCCUUUAUGAUGGCAUCAGUUCACUUUUGGGCUGUGUGUCUUUUCAAUCAGAGUGUGAUAUGCAGGUAAUCUGCUGGUAUCCAUUCUGAGAUGGCAUAUACAUGUGUAUGUGAAGGUUUCUGACACAUAGGAAGAUAAAUAUAUAUAUGUGCAAACCUGGAAACAAAAGUUCAACUGGAAAAUGUAUGCAGAGAUUUGGCAUUUGUUAUGUGUGUGAUUUAUAUCUAUUCACAUAAGCACAUUGACAAUUAGACAAAAUAUACAGUCUACAAAAAAAUACACUGAAGCCAUACAGUAUGUUUCAAAAUGUAUUUGUGCCUCUACAUUAGAAUGUGUUCAGCAUUACCUUAUGAAUAACUCUAAGUAUGCUGGAUCUUGCAGUACCGAAUAACAACCAUAUGUGCCUUGUACAGUAUGUGUAAGCGUGCAUGGUUUAGUAAUUAGUAGCAGACCUGGCUCUCUGCAAUGGGUUAACCAGUCUGCAAUUUAUUACAGGACUUUGGCCUCUCGGUUUAAAAAACAUCUGUUUUUCUUCUUGUUCCCCCACACUGUGGGAACACUGGUGCUUUAAGUUUCAUUCCUGAAUCUCCCCUGAGGAUAGAACAUUCCACAUUAACAUUAAAUGCUCCCACACGGGCAAUGUCAGGAAGUGAUUUUUUUUAUUUUUAUGAAAACUUUAUUUAAAGCACUGAUGUAUUUUUGUUUUAUGUAAAUGUUGCUCUUCUGUUAGCUUUGCAUACUAAGCUGUUACGUUCAUGGAGUUUUUUUUUCUUUUAGGCUUACCUUAAAGACAGAGGUCACACGUUAACGAAUGAUUUGACCACUGCACAAUCUUUCUUUCGCUCGUUAUGCACGUAUCCUACAAAUAUUCAUGUAUAUGCACUGCAGAUGUUUCUACCACUGCUAUCAGAUGUAUUAGUUGGUCCUGAGUACAAAAUCUACUCUCUACAAAUAUGUCUUCUGACAUCUAUGUUUAACUACAGACAUCCUGAUCAAUGCCCAGGCCUGAGAACUGAGUCUCCUCAUUUCUAAAUGUACACAUUCUAGCCUUAUAAAUAUGAUGCUCUCUUGCAUUUACCGUUUAUAUUUGAGUAUAAGCCGAGUUUUUCAGCACAUUUCUUUGUGCUGAGAAUGCCUCCCUCGGCUUCUAUUCGAGUCACCUUUUUGCGCCUGAUCUCCCGGACUUUGGGGACCCGGUGUCGGCCGGCCGUAGGUCCCCUGGACCC